UAUUCCUUACCAAUACUCAAUUUAAAGUUACAAUUCAAUUUAAUAUGAAUAAUCUUUUACAAAAUCUUAAAUGUGCUCUUAAUUGCUAAUGUUUUACUGUCUUGAAUCUGUGAUCACUGUUGAAUCACUGUUUCUGGGAUGCUGAGCUAGUUUCCACCAGUUUCAUGCUGUGGAUUCCCUGUCAUGGGCCUCAAGACCUCCUGGAAGACCACUUGAAUCCUAAAUCGACAACAUUUGCCGAUACACUGCUCUCAGAACAGAGGACCUACCAGCUGUCAUGAACAACAGAGAGCUAUGGUUUGCCAUCAUCCGGAGCAUUGCAACGCCAUAAGCGACGCAGAAUCUGCAAAGUAGUCAAGAUACCUGAGGGAGCAGACUGUGAGAACCACACCCAGUGUAUCAUAACUGCUGCUUAGAGCAUGGAGCUGGACCAAUCAGAGAUGAGCAUCUUGGGAUGCUCACCCAAUGGGAAAGGUCACAACCUAGGAGAUGACACAAAUGGUACUCAAAAUGUCAGGUUUGAUGAUCCUGAUGACAUCCUGGAGAAUGAGGAGUUUCUGCCCAACGGAGAUGGGAGGAAACCAAUGCGCUUCACAGAUUUUGAGGGAAAGACGUCUUUCGGCAUGUCUGUGUUCAACCUGGGGAAUGCUAUCAUGGGCAGUGGAAUUCUGGGACUGGCUUAUGCCAUGGCCAACACUGGCAUCCUCCUCUUCCUGUUUCUUCUGACUGCUGUGGCGGCUCUCUCCUCCUACUCCAUUCACCUGCUGCUCAAAUCCUCUGGCAUUGUGGGAAUCCGAGCCUAUGAACAGCUAGGCUACAGGGCCUUUGGCACCCCAGGCAAGAUGGCCGCCGGUAUUGCCAUCACUCUACAGAACAUUGGAGCCAUGUCCAGCUACCUGUACAUCGUCAAGUCUGAGUUCCCAUUGGUCAUCCAGGCCUUCAGUAGGGCGGACCCCACGUCUGAUUUGUGGUACCUGAAUGGGAACUACCUGGUGAUCAUGGUCUCCAUUAGCGUCAUCCUUCCUCUGGCCCUGAUGAAGCAGCUGGGCUACCUGGGCUAUACCAGCGGUUUCUCCCUUAGCUGCAUGGUCUUCUUCCUCAGUGCGGUGAUCUAUAAGAAGUUCCAGAUCCCCUGUCCGUUUGAGGAGUUCUCAGCAGCCAAUCACACAGUGUCUCACCUGAACGUCACUGAUAACCACGCUCUCCAUGAUAACAGUCUGGUACAGGAGGUGGAUGACUCCCACUGUGGUGCAAAAAUGUUCACCAUGAACUCUCAGACAGCGUACACCAUCCCCAUCCUGGCCUUUGCCUUUGUGUGCCAUCCUGAGGUCCUGCCUAUCUACACUGAGCUCCGCAACCCUUCUCAGAGGAGGAUGCAGCACGUCUCCAACCUCUCCAUCCUGGUGAUGUACACCAUGUACUUCCUGGCUGCUCUCUUCGGCUACCUGACCUUUUACGGUAAAACUGAACCAGAGCUGCUACACACAUACAGCAGGAUCGACCCUUAUGACACGCUGAUCCUGUGUGUGCGAUUGGCUGUCCUCACCGCUGUCACACUGACCGUCCCCAUCGUGCUCUUCCCAGUGCGCAGGGCCUUGAACCAGAUGUUUUUCUCCAGUAAAUCGUUUAACUGGGUUCGUCACGUGGCCAUUGCCAUUACCCUGCUCUCCUUAAUCAACAUGCUGGUCAUCUUCGCCCCCAACAUCCUGGGAAUCUUCGGCAUCAUCGGUGCCACAUCCGCCCCCUGUCUCAUCUUUAUCUUCCCUGCUGUCUUCUACAUCCGCAUCGUGCCUAAGGAGCAGGAGCCCAUGCUCUCCACCCCCAAGAUACUGGCUGCCUGUUUCGCUGGUCUGGGCGUCGCCUUCAUGACCAUGAGUUCGAGUUUCAUCAUCAUUGAUUGGACAACAGGGAGCAGCAACUCUGGCGGUGGCCACUAGAGCCCGCCCUCUGCUCUGUGCAUGCCGGGGUCAUCUGACAGAGGCUUUCAAGGGAUGCUUAGGCGUGUGUUUAGAACUGUUUUCAUGUAAUUGAUGCACUACCCCCUCUGUGGUAGAGCAAGGGUCAGAGGUUAGGGUUCAGCGAGGAUGGGGGUAGGGAGGGGGAGACAUAAUCAACCUGCCGGGUAAAACCAUGCUGAGCAUUUCAGUCUUCUUGAGACUAAAGACUCGGACAAAACAGUCUGUACUACUGUAAAGCAUUAGAGAAUUUAUUUGAACAAAAGGUUUCAUAAUCACUGUAUGUAGCCCUGCACAGAGGAGUGCUUUUAUAUGAAUCAUCAGGACUAAACAGGGUCUUUUUAAAAUCAUGAUGAUGAUGAUGAUGAUUAUUUAUCAGUGGGAUAGUGCAUCCAAGUCAAUCCAUAAUGGAAAAUCCAGUAGAAAGAAACUCAUGCUGGUUCCCCUCCCUCCCUCCCUCCCUCUAUCCUUCCAUCCUUAUUUAUCUCUUUCCAUCCACCGGUUUCUUUCUCCCUGACCCCUUUAUUCAUGUGAACUGCAGCUACUGUAGUGCUGUACAGAUGUACAUAUGGUGGAAUCUAUAUGUAAAGGAGGCAAAGGAAGCGCAUGACUACAUGAUAGGGAAGUGACUAUACAUUAUGUGUCAUAUGGUAUUUUUGUACUAUAGAAGAAAUGGUUACAUCUAUAGGUUAGGUGAGUGCUGUAAAACAUGCAGUCUGUGGUUCUCUUGGUAUUCCUGUCUAUCACUUUGUGCCAUCAGCACACACCUUAACCAUCAAAGUUUACCAGGCUUUUCCUAAUAUUCUAUUUGAGCGGGCACACACAGAUACAGUAUAUUUUCCCAUGUUUUCUCCCAGGAGUGCCGCUAGCCUGUGUUGUUUUAUGUGCCAAAACUAAGGGUGGAUGUGGUUGUUGGGCUUAGUUCAGGUUGAUGUCCCAUGAUGCAUUAUGUUAUUGAACUCUUCCUGUGUCCCUGGUACCUCAGAAAAUGGAAGAGUGGCUCAACCAACCACACAAAUAGCCUAUACAGUGAAAUAGUAACGUCUAUUUAUUUAACUAGCUAUAUCCAUGUUUGAAAAUUUCACAAGAUGCGCUAAUGCACUCAGAAUAGAGUAUUUAACUAUAUGAUCAGGUAUCUUGAUAUACUUUAUAGAUGGUAUGCAGAGUCUAUAGUGUAUUGUAUGAUAUUGCAUAUUGGAUGGUUUAGUUGAAAGUGCAGGAGGCGAGCUUGAGGGCACUGAGCUGAUUAAGAAGAAAAACAUAAACAGCCUUUUACAUUCAUGUUAGUUAGAUGAUAAACUGACAUCCUACAUAUAGUAUUGACUGAUUUUUAUGAUCAAUUGUGCUUUAAUCAAUUUAAGAUGAACAACUUAAACUUGCCUUUUUAACACUAAUAGCACAUAUUGAACUCAUACUUAUAUUUCUACAAUUAAUUUGUAAACACUUGUCUAAAUUCAGUACAGUUCAACUGUACCCUUUCAGUUACAAUGGGGGUUUAGCAUACUGUUUUUGGCAUGACAAAAUAUGGAGGAAACGUGUUUUGGUUAUGUGGUUGUGCCAUAAAGUCCGUCCAUGUUGUUGAACUAGUCUUUAUUGUAUUUUAACAUCUCUUUUCCACUUGUUUUGUGAUUGGUGGUUGAAGUUUUAGUGAAGGAAGCAGGAGUGUCACCUGUCCAGUCUGUCUGGUGAUUGGCUGAUGUAUUCAUUGAUUAAUUUAGCAUACUAAAUUAACUACUGUGAUAUUCUAGGCAUAGUAUGUUGAUAUCUGGACUCUAUUUCCAAAACGUGUGGCUAUAUGGCUGUAUCUCCUAAUGUAUCUGGUCUCUAAACGUGAGGUCUUGUGAUCAAGUACAGUUUUUAAAGCUUUGACGAUGAAGUUAACUGAGAUUGUUAGAUAAUUUGAUUCGAAAGCCCAAUGCCCCUAACGCAACAUUUGAUACUUUUUUUCAAAACAACACUGUGUCAUCGGUUCUCUCAAAAAACGGAGAUCGCAUUGUAAUAGCGUUGUAAUAACAUUGUUAUAACAUUGAUAAUUGUUAUAAAACCCAUAAUAUAGCUUCUUAAAUCCUGUUAUAGCUGAACCAGUGAAUGGACAUAACCUGUUAAAAACUAUUCAACCAAUGUAAAGGUUAGACUCACAAAAUGGUGGUUACUUUGUUAGUGGUGUUUACUUUGCUAAUCUCAAACGUAUAUUUUGUCAAGUCCUACGUAUGUAAGACAAUUGUUAUUUUUUAUUUUAUUAUUCUUAUACACUGCAGCCGAUGUUGCUUUCUCUUUUGUGCACAUUCAUUUAUUUUAAUUUAUAAUCAAGAUAAUAUUGUUGAGCUGUCUGUUUCUUUUACUCAACGGCUAAAAAGUUGUUGCAUGUAUCUGCCUCAACCCCAUAUUUCUCCUGGUCUUGCUGAGGCAGUGGUUGUGGUAUAAAGGAGGCAGCACAUUGCCAUAGACCAAGGACGGGCAACUCAACAGUGUCUGCUGGUUGUCUCUGCUCCCUGGUAUUUCAUUGAUCCAUAACGGUCACUGGUUUCUCCGGUCUCUAUCAGUCGCUGAGUUGAAGGAAUAAUACAACAAUAACCAGCAGACAUGAACUACUACCUACUGUUUCUCUCUGAGAGCCUUUGCUCUUCAACUUUAGAGCUUUGCUAUCACUAUUAUAACGUCUGGGGCAACAUUCUCAACAUGUGUCUCUUUCUCUUGUAUCCAAACCAAACUAUGCCAGCCAGUUAGCAUGUUGUUAUAGCUCGUUUUAACUUUGCAAUUUAUUUCUGAGGAAAUGACAGGACUAUGCGUGAAUAACAAGUUAUGUAUGAACUUUGGGCUUAUAAAGUGGCUUAUAUAAAUAAUGUAUAUAAAUGUAAACCCUUUAUAUUUGUGAUGCACAUCUAGCUUUUAUAGUGUAAAUAGCAGGGACAGUUUCAGUCUGACAAUAAAACAAAUGUAAAAGUUUUUA